AGCCAUGUGUAAGCACAUUGUGUGGUCCAGAUCCGAGCCAUACCAAUUUUGCUAUGUUGGCUGUAGCUCAGGAGAUAAAGCAGGUCAUCUACUUUUUGGAAGUUGGAUCCCUUUUGAUUCCCUCCCUGCUCCAAUUUGUAUGCCAGUAAGUUAACAGGCUUGUAGAAGUAGAAACAAGCGCUUGUCUGUGAAUGGGUGAAUGGGGCAAAAUGUAUAAGCGCUUUGAGUCCUUGAGUAGAAAAGUGCUAUAUAAGAAAUGGAUGUGUUUAAUUAUUCAUAAACUUCUUCUUAACUUUUAACGUUUACUAAAUAAAUAAUGACACAAUAUGUCAUGUCACAUGUUGCUGUUCAUUGGAGGUUGUGUUUAAAUAAUGUUAAGUACUGCUAAGAAUCAGAUCUCUCUUAUUAUGUGUGAUACAUUAAAACUUUAGAGAUCAAAGAGGGUGUUUUUAUCUUUUCCACAUGACUGUAGCAGCAUCUCCUCGCUCGGGCACCCCGAGUUUAGUUUCUUGGUUUUGUCAUACUAUGACAAGAUAUCGGCUCUGUAGAAGUUCCCCUUUUUCUUCCACAACAUGGUUAGGGGAAUGCUUUGGUAUUUAACUUCAGAGCAUCUACCCCGAAAGUGAGCACAACUGAACCCUACAGGAGUCUCGUUGAUGGUGGUAAAGCCUCAACACGUAAUAGCUUAAAAUAACCACCAUAACAUUUCUGAAUUAAUACUCUGAACACCAAAGAAAAAGGAAUUAUAUAUAACGUACUUUUUACAGUUUACAGUAGCUUCCUGUUCAUAUUUUUUUGUACAAAGGAAUUGGCACAAACUACAGCGCAAAACUCUGUAAACUGUCCUUGAUUUCAGCUCCAGUUUGUUAGAUUGAAGUAUUCGGAGAGGGUUUUUUUGCAAACGUACGUGCAUAGGUAAUGACCCUGACACAAGUGCCAAUGUAGCCACCAUCAUUACAAAUUUGUUAAAUGCCAAACAGCAGCAGAUUGUUGCAAAAAACACCAAAAAACACCAAAACAAAACAGUUGCAAUAGUAAGCAGGAUGAUGUGUGAGCUUUCAGAGCAGGGAGAGGCAGCACACAGCAGCCAGCUGUAACCCCACUGCAGGUGCACUCCUUUUUUAAAAACUGAAUUUCCUGAUUAUUUUUGAAAUGAUCGUGUGCUGGGUGAUUUCCCUGCAGUAAACUCCCCUCGUGUUUCACUUCCACGCAGGUUUUAGUGUCAGAGCAGCUUUUCAUGACUGGAAUCGCUGUUAAAGCAACCUGCAGAGGGUGAUCGGUCAGUGACCGGUCGCAGGCUAAAAUCCUUUGUUUUCUUGUUUGUUAAAGUUGUCCUCUCAUAGGUGGUGUCUCAGCUGCUCCUCUUCGUCUUGCUGUGUGUUGUUGGCUUUUAAAACUAAAGAAGUGAAAGUGUUGUUAGUAGGCAAAGGGUAACAUGCAGUGAAUCAGGAAAUGAAGCAUUAUGGUUAAAUUAUGGCCGGCUUUUUAAAUGCUCUUCAGCUCUGUUUGUGUAACAAAUGUUUUCUGGUUUUCCUGUUUCAGUAGGUUCACAUUAAUAGAAACUCUUUCACUGUACACCUGUACUGGCUGUCUAAUACAGCUCUAAUGUAAGAGAUUGUCUUCAUUCUUAAAAGACGUCCUAAAGUUGUGACAAAUAACGCAGGUACCAUUAAGUCUUUCCCUUUUUGUGUUUCUCUGUCAGUGUUUUCUAACAUUUAAUGAGUGCAGCAGACAUGAAGGGGGGGGGGAUUUCGUGCUAAAAAGAGUGUCACUUAAUUUGACUACCCACAUGGAAAAGAAAUAGAAAGUGCUUAGAGCGAAAUGUUUAUGUUUCAUGUUCAGGAGAUUGACUCUUUGACGUUUUCCUUAUACAGUCGUAAGAUAUUUAGAGUGAACUGAGUAAACAUUGUUUUGUGAGGUAGAAAUUAGUAGAUAAUAAUAUGAGAGAUGACCCACUCAGUCACAGUGAAUUAUCUCUUUAUUUCUCCACAUUUUGUAACAAGACUUUGUACAGAACGACAUCAGCUGAGUAAGUUAAGCCUCUUUUACCUUAUAGAACCGGGAAACUGUGUCUUUUACCAAGUAUGUGUGUGUUUUGCUUGUAGUUUGCUACUAAAUAACUGUUUGCGAAAAAUCAGCAGCAGUCCAGCGAGUGGAAAACUUAACGACAAAUGCAUCUUUACAUUUCUCACUUCUGAAUGAAUGAUGUUUACAUUCACAUCUUCCAAAAGCCACACUGGCUUCAUAUUGGCUGUGUUUUAUUGUGUGUAUUUGCGCAUCAGAUGUUUUAUUAAAUUUGUCACAGAUACUUUUGAAACAUCAGUCUGCAAACUUUGGACUCAUACCGCAGGUCAUGAUCAUCAUUAUCAAAGGCAAUAUAAACACUUUUUCUAUUUCUAUUUCUUUUAGUUUACCUUUAACUUUGAAGAUGAUUUUUGCCCAUUAAAAAAUCUGCCUCUCCUGUUGCCUCUGAAGCGGCAUUAGGAAGCAGGCUCCUCAAAAUCAACGCCGCGGGGCCGAGCCUGCAGCGAACAAAAAAAACUGCACAAAUGCAUUUUUAAAAUGAUUUGAUUAUUUAAUCUAAUGGCAGCUUAGUGUGUUUUUUAGCUAUUGGGCAGAUGUAGCAAAGGAACAUCACUGAACUCUUCCUGACACUUUGAAUGUGGCCGUCUGUACAAUGAGUGGCAACAUGUGAGUAGUGGAAUAGUGGUUUUGUGUCUAACGUUUAUGCAAUUAAAAUGCAGGAGUAGACAUUUAGUUCUUAUUUGAAUGCAUGUUGAUGGAAAAAAAAUUGCAAAACAUUUCCAUAAUUUCCGGAUAUAAACUGUAGGAUGUACAGAAAAACAUUACUGACUGAAAACUGAAUUUUGUCUGUGUCAUUGUUUUGAGAAAUGCUCUAAAACUGACAUCAAAUGUUUUUUGUUUCCAUUUUGUUUAUUCAUUUAUUACAAUAAGCGAAUAAUCAUAUUAUCUCGAUUACUUACAGGAAUGCAGUAACGUGCUUCAGCUACGCUCAGCGCAAAUGCUGCACACACGUCUGUAGGCGCUGUGGAAAUAUACAGCAGUGUUUCCACUGCAAACAAAUGUCAUCGUUAACCUCAUCAUCUUAAUCACAGAUUUAUAGUAGCAGUUGUGUGCAGUCCAUAUGAAUUAGAAAAUCUACAUGAACUGUGGCAAAAUCUACAUUUUCCUUUUGAUAAAAACGAUCAUCCAGCGGCCCACAAACCAAAAAUAACUUACAGAUACUGAUGAUGGAGGUUUUAGCGAUGAGUGGGAGAGACAGUAAACUUUUCUGUCUUUGCGACUGUUUCACAAGUUUGAGGUUUCAAAGAAGCUUGAAUGAAGUUCCCCUCAUGAUGAAACAGACUAAAUGUUUUCAGGCACUGAGGGAGAAUGUCACUUGUUUCUGAUUCUUAACAUCUUUUCCACUGACAUUUUGUUUAUUUAUGAAACACAAAAACAGUCACAGACUCUUAAACUUCCAGCACACACCCAGCACCUUCAGCACAUCCUCCCGUCUUUGGCUAAAUCGCACGCCAUAAGUCUAACCUGUAAUUUUAUCAAAUACAAUAAAACCAGCGCAAGUCAGAGACAGGAAAUAGAGAUCGAUUGCCGAGGGAAACCCUCUGUAGGAGAGAUUGGAGGCUGAGGAAGCAUGAGAGGCAUAUGAAAAAAGUGAAUCACCCAUCUUUCUUGCUUGUGGCCCACACUUUGUCUUUUUCUUUUUCAGUAAUGACACAGUGUGGUGCACACCCCCUCGUUAGGUGUGUGUGACUAAUGAGGGAGUCCUCACUUUCAAGGUGUUUUCCAUCAAAAUCACAGCUCAUAAACAAAUAUGCAUCCACCGAGGAAAGAAAGGGGUGUCGCGCUGAUCGCGGGCUUUGCAGCCGCUUUUAUAUCCGAGUAAUCUGAAAGGAGCUCCGUUUAAAAGCUCAUUUCAUUUAGGCCUGUAAGCAAACGUUUGGCUGAGGCAGCACAGACGUGAAGGUUUUGUUUUACGAGUGAACAAAAGCUUGUUUCAUUUCGAGCUCAGAAGGAACAGAAGCAGGUGUGAGCCCUUCAUGAAGGCAGUACAGAGGCAGGCAGAGAAACCUCAGAGAGACACAUGAGACGUGUGUGAGAUGUUUGUUUUGUCCUUGUUGUGGUUCCUGUAUCUAAACCACCUCAGCAGCGUGUUUCUGCAGCACCAGUCUGAUCCCUGUAGCCUUCAUUAGCUGUGAUGGAAGAGAUCAUCUGAUUUCUUGAAUGAAAAAUAAGCGAUUAGCUUAUAUUUCAGCAGAAUAAACAGCCAAACGAUAACCCUUUACAGAGUCAGUGCAUCUGUGUCAAACAUGCUGCUGAGCCUCUCAGGUCUGUCCUUCAGAGUGUAGUACUUCACUGGUAUUGUGCCCAAAUUUUAAGCAGUUUUGAUUCAAUUUAAUGUAAUCUUCCAGUCACAGGAUCUCUCAUGUUUUCUGAGGACAUCAAAGAUGCUCAGAUUUUUGUAAUUAGUUUGCAGUUUAAUGUUUUAUCUAGCACAUCAGCACAGCUGCCGUAGCUGUAAGGCAAUACUGUACUCACCCAUACAGCUCGUGUGUACAACUUCUGAGAAGCUGACAACAGUGAGAAAACACAGAAAUCUACAGAUGUUGUUGAGUCGAGCGCAGAUGUGACUCGGCUGCAUUUUAGGAGUGCAAAUAAGAGCAAGCAGAUGAUCAGCUCCCUCACAGGUGGACAGUUACUAUUAUUAAGUAAUAAAGCAAUGAGUAAUCAGAGUGCCGUACAGAGAGAAAAGUGAAAUGUGCACAGAAUCUGAAAUCUUAAGCUCAAAAUUAUGAUACCGAUCCCCAACAAGAGUCAUCUGUGGGACUCUUUAUAUCACUUUUCAGGUCAAGAAGGGAGAUUGAGGGAAAGGUGUUGUUAUAUUUCUCCCGGACUGCCCGAACUCUGCAAGCUAUACGUAUAAAUGAAUUUUAGUGGCAUGGCAGAUUGACUGAUGACGACCGAUUGCCUUCAUGUCAAAGAAAAGAAGAAUAUCGCCUCUACCAUGAAUUUGAUCACACUCUGGUAAAAUGAACUGGAUUGAUGCUGCGUGCCUUUUUUUAAAUGAACAAAGUAGUUUGCUGAUAAUUACAUUUAGCACAGUUACAUUUACAGACUAAUGUUGGCCGUCAUAGACCUCAGUCUGGUCAACCUUUUAUUCACGUGUUUGUCUGUUAACAAAGGGUCCCAGAUAUUUUAGCAACUAAAGUGACCCCUUUAUACUUUAUACAACAAAACCUAAUUUACAUGGCUCUAUUUGUGUUUAUUCUAAUGUAAUCAGCAAUGGUUUUAAAUCAUUUUGAUGCCGAAGUUACCCAACUCAAACGCUUUAGCUAUAUUUCAUCGUCAUCGUGCUCGACUUUUGCAGAUUUGGUUCUCUGAGUCUGUUAGCUGCGCUCACUGUAAAACAUUGUAAUGCAGCGAUUCCAAGUAAAAACAUUUAAAUAAAACAAACCAGAAACAUUUCCAUCAUCAUACAUGACCCCACACAACUUUCCAUUAUCCCUGACACACCAUUGUUCCAAUUCCUGUAAUCUAUGAAAAACUAUGAGUGAAGUAGACCGAUGAAUUCAUGGUAGGAAAUGUUUUCAUGAUUAAAGAUUAAAGACAAAUAUUUCUACACCGCUAACGUCAUAAAUGAGUCCACGCGGUCAUUUGAAGUUAAAACUCGCAAACCCAGCAUUGUUCUGAUGAAGUUCGAUCAGUUUUUCUGUUUAAUACAAAUUUGCUGGUAAGACAUAAAGAAACGGGAAUUAUGUAAGACGGAAACAUUCAAUAAAAAACUAUUGAUCGCUUUCACCCGCGCUGACCGUUUGGCGGGUCUUUUCUUGUCAAACGCACAAAGGGAAGAUUUUCUUUACUCGACAAAUCUUUACAUUUCAGUACAGUUUGUUUUAUUAAAAUUAGUUCAUAGAAUCUUAGAUUGAAAGGAAAUUUCAAUUUACUGCUAGUUACCGCCAAAUAACAUGACACAGUGGUUUUUAUUUUGAUGAAUGUUUUCCUCGAUGCUGUAGCUUCGGCGGAGCUCCGUAACAAGCACAAACAGAUUAUAUACAUCGAAAAAUGAGUAACAUUUAAGCUACUCAGCAACAACUGAAGAAGACAUAUUGUGAACAUUUAUUCUGGCGGGUAUGUUUGUACGAUUGUGAUUUCAGCACCUUUACACGCACGGCUGGGUGGACUUAUAAAUUUCACAAAGUUAUUGUGUUUGUUGACUUUAUUCUACUUUAACAUCCAUUCAUCUUGUUCUGAACUUUAAAACUUAGGCCGUGAUUAUUGGUUGAUUGAUGAUUCGCUCGCCGUGUUCAGACAGCAAUAUUUGUUUGCUUUCUGGAAGAAAUCUAAACAUGUCAAAGAUGGGGGAAAAAUGAACGAUAAGGGCAAUUUUAAAGUGCGAAGAGGUUCUGAAAAGCACUGGUCAUGGAAGUGAGAGCGAGACCUUACAGAAGAGACGCUGCACUGCACCGUCGUCGAUAGACUUGAAGGUUUUAAGUCCAUGAAGUCUGUUAUUCCGUCAUAUAUAAAUUAAUCUCAUAUAUGCCGCUCUCCCAGGAAAAAAAACAUCCCUAAACUUUUUGCUUUUCUCAUCCCGUUCUGCACUUUAUCCGACUUUCUCUCCAGGAAAUGUCGCAUUUUUAAUUUGCAUCAGUCAACUGUUUUUGUGAAGAUUGGUUCAGCAGUUCAUGCUUGAAUUCUGAUACACUAAUUAUGUAUCUAAAUUGGUACAAUUAUAAGACCAGUGGAAAAUUACAAUAAAUUAGUUUGUAAGCGGCUCAUGUGCCGCUUAGAACGUGCUAAGGAUAGAUAAUGAGUCCGGAGAGACCCUUCACAGAGUUUAUGACAUAAACAGCAUCUCAUACUUAAUGAGCUAAGACAUUUUACUCCAUUAAGAUUUGUUCUCUAUUUGUUAUUAUAGCCACUGGACAGAUUAAAAGUAAAAACAGAAACUCAAAAAAACAUUUAAUUUUACUGAUUAAAUGACGACAUGAUUACACUGCCAAAGCGAUGUGUUUCAGUGUUUUGUGUAUAUGAAUCUUAGAUAUUUUGUUUACUCUAAACAGUACCCAACGGUAAACAGUUUAAGGGGGUAGAAAAGUUUCGAAAACUGAUCUUGAGUAGAGUUUAACAACCAAUCAAAGGUCAUUUUUCUGACUUUGGGUCUGAUCAGCAUCUGUGUGUGUGUCUUCCAGGCCAAUCAGUGCUGAGGGAGGUGCAACGGCAUUUAAAAAGAGGGCUCGUUUGAUAAAUAUACAACACUUCCGACUGACUCCGGAUCACUGAGCACAGAGGGACACUCUGCACUGAGCAGCCGCUACAUAUAACAAGGAUGAAGAACUUCAUUCAGUCCCUUCUCCUUCUUAUCGCUGUGAUUGUGUCAACUACCGGUGCUCAGAAAGAGAUUUAUGCUAAGGAGGGACAGGAUAUUACCUUGGAGCCAACAUCCUAUCCAAUAAACUCUUAUGUGUACUGGUAUUUUGAAAAACAGGAUGGUCAUCAACUUGCCUGGCUUAACCCCUUAGGCGGAAAGGGAUUCAGUAAUGAUGAGAAGUGGAAAAACAGGUUGUCCUUAACUGGUGCCUCGCUGGUCAUAAAGGCUUUGCAGGAAGACCUCUUUGGGACUUUUGUCUGUAAAAUCAGCGCAGCCGGUCAGCGUGACUCGAUCACUGUAUUUAAAGUCAUUCAAGUCAAGGUGAUUGAGAAAUCAGCCUCUCCUCUGUUGUCUGGCGAUUAUCUGAGUCUGACCUGCAGUCUGGGAAGUGUUCCUCAAAACACACCUGAGAUUUACUGGCUCAGUCCCCAGGGAAACACAGAAGGAAACAAAGGAACAGUCUACAUUCAAGCCAGAAGUGAACACAACGGCCAGUGGGACUGCGUAGUGAAAAGAAAUGCCAAUGAAAAGAAGUUCCCAGUUUCUGUUACAGUUGUGGAUCUCGCCCCUGUGCCUUCACAUCAGUAUACAUCCACAGACUCGCCUCUCACCAUCCCUUGUUCUUUAAUUUCUCUUGUUAGCUGGGAACAAGUGAAAAAAAAGGAGAUUGAGGAAGUUCAGUGGCACUUUGCUCCUAAACUCUCCUCAGGCACCCUUUCUGACAAUCCAGAGCAGCUCUUCUCCCUCGAUCUGGAAAAACUUACCUGGAAGAAGGGUAAAGACAAAGGACUGUCUCCUGUAUAUAACAUUAAAAACGGAAAUCUGUCUUUGACCAAAUCAAAGGCAACAGUAGAAGAAAGAGGACGCUACACGUGCUCAAUGAAAUUUAAAGAUGGCAGGACUCUGGAGACCACAGUAGACGUAGUGGUGUUGGAAAUCAUCGCCCACCCAAAAGCAGAGCUAAUCUACGGUCAGCAGGUCAAUCUGUCCUGCAGCACUGGUGACCAGCUGCCCAAUGAUAUGAAGUUAAAUUGGACUUCACCUAAAACGUCAUCUUACAUCUCUUACCCCACCCAUAUUACUGUCCCGGAAGUGGGCAAAGAAGAUAACGGAAAGUGGGGGUGUGAGCUGUGGCAGGGCGGCAACAAGCUGACGUCAGAUGAGAUACUGCUUAAGAUCGAACCCAGACUGAGUGUGUGGAUGCUGGUGAUCAUUUGCAGCGCAGCAGUCAUCCUUCUCCUCCUCCUCGUGCUCGCUUUCAUCCACUACCGACGCAGAAAACAGAAAACGAGACUCCUCAGGCAUCAACUCUGCCAGUGCAAAAACCCCAAACCAAAAGGAUUUUACAGAACAUGAAAGCUGACAGACCGGAUCUUUAAGAAGAAACGGGAACAUGCUGAAUUUCUGAUCUGAUAUGUUCUGAUUUACCUGAUUACCUGGAUUUACAUCUCUCAUUUUGCCAUACUGGAAAGUACAAAAGAGUUUUGUUGGAUUGAGGAUCAAACAUAUCAGGCAAUCUGGACUGAUUUUAUGUAUUUUAUGUAUGAUUAUUACCGUCUGUGACUUUAAAUCAUUUACACUUUGAGUCUAUCUGUAGACUAAAUUUCCUUUACCCUUAUGUAUAUUUUUUGAGGAGGUCUGUAAUGCUUUCAGAUGUGUAGGUGCUUCUGUAAAUUUACAUGUGCAGCAUAUUAUUUGUGUAAAGUUUAUUGCUAAAAAUGGAAAGAUGAAAACUGUGUAAAAACAUUAGCAGAUGUUUUCAAUAAAGCAUCAAAAUCUUUCUGAGUGAUGUUCCUGUAGAGGUCCUCUUGGGCUAAUUUAGCGGGAUGGCAUCCAUCUGACAGAUUCGUCGAUACUGGAAGGAGCAGGGAACGUCGUACCAGUUUGUGAUUCUGGGUGUCCACCACUGCACAGUCCUCUCCAGCUUCCCCAGCGGACGCGUUGUUAUCCGGCUCAGACUUCAGUGUGUUCCAAAAUCUUUACAACGCAGAUGGAAGAAGAUUAACAUUACUUUCAUUAAUAUUCUGCUGAAGUGGCAUUUCACCUGCUAAGUUUGUGCACUGUUUUAACAGUUGUCUUGGAAGAUGCAUUACUUUUAAGUAAUUCUUUAUUCUUCAAGAGCCAUCACCAGCUAAAGGACCUGUUUAUUUACAGGAUGGUUCCUUGUGCUUGUGCACAUUUCUAGUUGUGACUAUAGUUAGUUUGAAGGAUGGAGGAACUGAUGCAAAACAUGCCUACACCUACAUACUAGUUGAUGAAUUGCUGUGAAGUUUUGCAAAAAACGUAAAAAAAAAAAAAAAAAGAUCAAAUUGACUUGUCCUCCAGCGCAGCCAUCAGGUUUUCAGGGAACUGCCGUAAAGGUUAUUUAAUAAAUGUUUGUGCUUUGUACUUUUCAUCAUGUCUAAUAUGGUGAUGUUCUCAU